AUGUCUUCUAUCGAAAGAAAUCCAAAGCAAGAAAUAGUUUCCCAAUUUCACCAUUCAGCUGCAGAAGGAGAUAUUGCCAAGUUAACAGUAAUACUCGGUCAUUCUCCAUCUCUCCUCAAUGAAACUUCUGAAAAUGGCUGGACUGCUUUAAUGUAUGCUGCAAGGAAUGGGCAUCCAGAUGUUGUCCAAUUUCUACUUGAGAAAGGGUGUGACAGAUCCAUUGUCAACAAAUCAAGGCAGACUGCACUGGAUAUUGCUAAAUUUUGGGGUUACAAGCAUAUAGCUAACUUACUAGCUAAUAAUAAAGGUGGGAAGAAGCCUUGGUUCCUAACCAAUGAAGUAGAAGAAUGUGAAAAUUAUUUUGGCAAAACGCUGUUGGACCGGAAAAGUGAAAAAAGAAAUAAUUCUGACUGGCUACUAAUUAAAGAAAGCCACCCAGCCACAGUUUAUAUACUUUUCUCAGAUCUAAAUCCCUUGGUUACUCUGGGUGGCAACAAAGAGAGUUCCCAACAGCCAGAAGUCAGGCUUUGUCAGCUGAACUACACAGAUGUAAAGGAGUAUUUGGCUCAGCCCGAAAAGAUCACCUUGAUUUUCCUUGGAGUAGAACUUGAAAUGAAAAAAGAGUUACUUAAUUACACUGGGGAAGUCCCAAGAGAAGGAGAAGAUGGGCUGGUUGCCUGGUUUGCUCUAGGUAUAGAUCCUGUUGCUGCUGAAGAAUUUAAGCAAAGACAUGAAAAUUGUUAUUUCCUUCAUCCUCCAAUGCCAGCUCUUCUGCAAUUGAAAGAAAAUGAAGCUGGAGUUGUAGCUCAAGCAAGAUCUGUUCUUGCCUGGCACAGUCGAUACAAGUUCUGCCCAACCUGUGGAAGUUCAACUAAAGUUGAAGAAGGCGGCUAUAAAAGAGUCUGCUUAAAAGAAGACUGCCCUAGCCUCCAGGGCGUUCACAAUACAUCAUAUCCAAGAGUUGAUCCAGUAGUAAUCAUGCAAGUUAUUCAUCCAGAUGGGACCAAAUGUCUUUUAGGCAGGCAGAAAAGAUUUCCUCCAGGCAUGUUUACUUGCCUUGCUGGAUUUAUUGAACCUGGGGAGACAAUAGAAGAUGCUGUUCGGAGAGAAGUAGAAGAGGAAAGUGGUGUCAAAGUUGGCCAUGUUCAGUAUGUCUCUUGUCAACCAUGGCCAAUGCCCUCUUCCUUAAUGAUCGGUUGCUUAGCUGUGGCAGUGUCUACAGAAAUUAAAGUUGACAAGAAUGAAAUAGAGGAUGCCCGCUGGUUCACUAGAGAACAGGUUGUGGAUGUUCUAACCAAAGGAAAGCAGCAGGCAUUCUUCGUGCCACCAAGCCGAGCGAUUGCACAUCAGUUAAUCAAACACUGGAUUGGAAUGAACCCCAAUCUCUAA